UUGGAGCAACCUGAUGCCAGCUCUGUGCCCUUAUCAAGUAAGCUGGUCCCAGGUCCUGCUCAUGCCUGUUGCUUUAGAAAUGAUCCUGUUUCUCUUCCUCUUUGGGGGCGUCUGGGCCCAAAACACAGCCUCAGACUUUCGGGAGUACACAACUACUUUGCAGAUGUUGGAAUCCACAACAUCCUCUGUUUCUUUGGUCUCAAAUAUCUAUAAGACCACAAAAUUCAAUUCAGUGACAUCCAGUCUUACAACAACCAAGGUCCCUAAGAUGGGUGACAGCACUGACCACGAGACCUUCCAGCCUUCCUCAACUCCCUAUACAACCAAUGAGGUGUCCUCUCCUGGGACUUCCACUGCUGCCGUCAGGGACCUUCCUGCCAAGACGUCACCAAUGCCCCUGGAAACCUUGGCUGCAACCAAUAUGGCUGCUGCCCCAGUUUCUACAGGAUUCCACACCACAACUGGUGAAACCAUAGCAACUAACCCUCUGGAGACUUCUGAUGAGACCAGUGGACCUCCUGUCACCAUGGCAGCUAGCUCUCUGGAGACCUCCAGUGGGACCAGUGGACCCCCUGUCACCAUGGCAGCUAGCUCUCUGGAGACCUCCAGUGGGACCAGUGGACCCCCUGUCACCAUGGCAGCUAGCUCUCUGGAGACCUCCAGUGGGACCAGUGGACCCCCUGUCACCAUGGCAGCUAGCUCUCUGGAGACCUCUGAUGGGACCAGUGGACCCCCUGUCACCAUGGCAGCUAGCUCUGUGGAGACCUCUGAUGGGACCAGUGGACUCCCUAUCACCACGGCAACUAGCUCUCUGAAGACCUCCAAGGGAACCAGUGAACUUCCUGUCACCAUGACGACUACUUCUCUGAAGACUCCCAUGGGGACCAGUGACUCCCACACCUCUCGAGUAACAAUAUCCAGCCCAAAGCCACCCACAAACAUAACCAGUAGUUCCCUCCUAAAUUCGGGUCAGGAGAUGAGAGGCACCUUGCUGGUGGCUGUGCCUGUGGCCCUGCUGGCACUCAUCAUCCUCACGGUACUGCUCCUGCUGUGGUGCCAGCGGCGGAAGCGGAAGACAGGGGUCCUGACACUAAGCAGGGGUGGAAAACACAACGGCGUGGCCGAUGCCUGGGCUGGGGUAGCCCAGGUGUCUGAUGAAGAGGCCGCGGCAACAGCAGAGGGAGCGUCCAGGGCUCACAAUGACUCUGGGGUCCCCCAGGGGGAGGGGUCUGGCCCGCGGCCCACCCUCACCACUUUCUUUGGUAGACGGAAGUCUCGCCAGGGCUCCGUGGCGAUGGAGGAGCUAAAGGCCGGGGCAGCCCCCAGCCUGAAGGGGGAGGAAGAGCCACUGGUGGGCAGCGAGGAGGAGGCUGUAGAGGCCUCUGCUUCUGAUGGGCCAGAAGUGAGAGAUGUGGAGGCCCCUUAACGUUUGAGAAUAACAAGACUGGAGUUCAGAAUUACUCCUGCUUUCAUCACCUUCCCUCUUCUCAUCAUGUCCAGACUCACCGUCACCCAGCAUUUUCACCCAGCACCCUUUGGAUCUGCACCCAGCAUCUUCGCCCUGAAUCCUCAUUUGGAUUCUUAACACUGGCUCUUCCAGCCAGCAUCCACACCCAGCAUCCACACCCAGCACGGAGACCAGGGCCGACACCCACUGAACGCUUGUAGAUGGAAUGCACCAACCUUCCGCAUCAACCCCUGCUUCUCCCCACCACAUUUUCUCCACGUUUUUGUCCUUGAAACCAGCUGCUGAGUCUCCGUAAAAGCCAAACUUCCUUGACUUAGGAUUUCUCAGAGGAUUCCCCAGGGAUACCAGAGUCCAGGAAGAAGCAGGAGAUGGCAACCCAGCAAACUCCCACUCAAGAUGACUCUGGAAAGUACAUUUGGGCCCGUGGAUUAGGGCAGUCCUACUGGGUUAGCCCAUGAACUGCCUUUAACUCCGGACCCCAGUGCUCUGUGCCGGGCCAGCCUGGAGCACGGGCUGGGUCGUGUCACCUAGCUGUGCUCUCACGUGCAUCUGUGAUGGCCCCUGGACCUCAGGCUGGCCCACGGUCCCAGCCACCACACUCUCCCCCACCUCUGGACGGAGGCAGUCAGACGCUUCAGCUGUUUCCCCUCCCAAGAGCAGAGGUGAGAAGAAUUUCUGGGCAGGUGUAGUUCUUAGAAGUCUCGGCGUCUGCCUGGGUCCACUCAUGCAUGCCAUUUGUGUGCAAGAGGCGAGGGCUUGGUGAGGUUUGUGAAGGGCAGUGGUGAGUACAGAUGGUGUGAGGGAGGGGGCAGGAAGAGCAGCAGAGGCUGAGGAGGUGCCACCCUGAGGAGGUGCUGAGAACAUAGGCACCCUUGUCUUUACUCAGAUGGGGUGGAGGUGGAAGAUCUGACUCCAUCUGUGGCCGGGCUUGAGAGAAAGACUGCACGUGUGACUGAGUGUGGUUCUUCAGCUCAGCCACUAUGUCCCUGCCUCAAAGCACCCCCCCCACCCCCCGCAAGCGCGCCCGCGAGAGCCCCAGGUCUUGCUGAUAUUGUUACAGGUUGAAUGUGUUUGUCUGUUUCUCCUCUUCCAUUCUCCAAAGGUGGGGGUCAGUGCGAGAGUGAGCUGUGACAGGCCCCCAGAACCAGGGGCAUCGCUGUGGCUCUGGGAUGCAGAGGAGGGGACAAGACUCAACGUGCUGUCUCUGAGACCAGCGCGGGCCAGAGCCCAGGGCACAGCAUGGACCAGUGGCCGUUAGUAUUUCCCCAGGGCAAAGAGGAAAUUUGCAAAGGGGAAGUUGUUGAGUCAGAGGAGCAGUGGCUGAGAGCAGGCACAUUGACCUGCAAAAGAAAAGGCCAAAGGACACCAUGAGAGUGUGACUGCCAGGUGGUUUGGAUUGGAGGGGAUGGGGGAGACUGGGAAAGGGCCCAGGUGGGUCAGUUCUAGGGGUGUGGGGGAGGGAGGGGGAGAGAAGAGGCGGAAAAUGGCCGCAGAUCCACCUGGAGUUCUGCCACCCAUGCCUGGGCGAGCUGGGGUGGAAAUCCAGCCUUCACCACACGUGUCUGGGUGCCCUUUCCUCUUUUUUUUUUUUUGGCUGCGCCACACGGACAUGUGGGAUCUUAUUUUCCUGACCAGGGAUCAAACCCAUACCC